AUGUCCAUCCAGAUCCGGUAUGCCACCGAAGCCGACGGCCCGGCGCUGGGCCAGAUCAACAUCGACAGCUUCAAACACCAGCGCUACUGGGGCAAUGUGUUUCCCGGCCUCGACGACGCCGCCAUCCACCCCGUGAAGCAUUUCCGCAGUCUGGAGAAAAUGGCGGACCCUACGGUCCACGUCCUAUCUGCCGUGGACACCGCCGCGGGCGAUCAGGUGGUGGGAUAUGCACGAUGGACGAUCCCCGGCGAAUCCAACCCGAAUGUUGUGGCGUUGUCCGAGGAGGCAAAGAAGACGACUGCGGACAUGUCGAGCGUGAUGCCCGCCGGGAUGUCGAUGCCGAUUUAUCGGGACUUUUUUACCAAGAUGAAGAAGUACCGGGGGGAGUAUGUGAAGGAGGACGACAUGAUUCUGGACUUUUUGGCCACCUCACCCUCCGCACAAGGCAAGGGCGUGGGGACUCGGUUGCUGCGGUGGGGGAUGGACCAGGCCGACGCGCGGAACGCCCGUAUCUACCUGGAGGCGACGGCCGACGGGUAUCCACUGUAUCGCAAGCAUGGCUGGACGACCGCAUUCGCCGAGGAUCCGUAUUUCCAGUGGCUCUUUGACAACACCAAAUACAACAUCCACCGCAACGCUGCCUCCCUCGCCGCCCACUUUCAGUACGGCCUCAACUGCAAGACCCCCAUGUUCGUUGCCAAAGCGCCCCCCAGCGACAAGCGCUCGUCCUCCGUCGUCGGCGUCUGCUGGUGGUACAGCCCGCACCCGCCGACCAAGCCCGUCUCCUGGACCGUCUGGGCCCAGGACUGGGUGCUCUCCUUCCGCCAGCUGCUGUAUAAUGUACGUUUUGGCGGCCGCGGUGGUCUGAACAUGCGCCGGUAUCAGCUGUGGAAGUCGAUGCAGAAGGAGACUCACGACGCGGUCUGGACUGACCCCCGCGGAUACUACUUUUGCAAUGUGAUUGCUGUCAGCGCGGAGAUGCGCGGCCAGGGGCUUGGGCGUAAGCUCGUUGAGGUGGUCACGAAGCAGGCGGACCGCGAGGGCAUCCCGUGCUACCUGGAGAGUUCCAAGGGCGUGCCAAAUUUGAUUAUUUACCAGAAGCUGGGGUUUGAGUUGGUGAGGGAGAUUAAUUGUGUGGAUGGGGACGAUGCUUGCAAGUUGUAUUGCAUGGUCCGCCAGCCCAACGAGAAGGCGAGAUUUGGUUGA